AAUCAAUAACUCUUUGAUAGAUAAACAUUAAUCACUCGCAAGUCGCAACAAUAAAUACAUUACUUCUUUAGAAAGCAUAGAACGAUUAUCUAAAUGGAAAGAAACGUUUAAAAAUGAAAAAUUUCACAAAUCUAGCAGACGUGCAGGCAACAACCUUAAGUUUAUGUUGUUAACCAUUCUACUAACUAAAAACAGAUCCGAAUUUAGACCUAAGAUCAUUAACAUAAUCGCGCAAUUAUCAUUAAUUAAUUUACGUUAAUCAUGUCGUUCAAACUAGAUAAAAGCACUGAUUGAGGAGUUAAAUAGUUGGGCCUGGGCCGAAGCCGACGCCAAGCCUGACACGUGAGCCUCCAAGCCCUCCACGUGCGCAGAUGUGAAAUUUUCGAUUUGCCGCGCUGAGGUCAUCCGAACCAGGUUCGAAUCUUGUCAUUUUCGCAGUACCCGAGGCUCGGGCACUCCCGAGCCUCAGGCUCCGCCCCCUUGUUUUGUCUCAGCUCGCAUGAUUCACUCUCUCCACUGUUGCGCACUUAAUUUCCUUUCGCUCGAUCAUCGCCAACAACAAAAUCCAUUCAAAUCGACGGCUCUCCGAUUAUAAGCGAAAUUCCGCAUUUAUUUUUCCUUUACCUGUCAACCUCUCUCUCUCUCUUCGAGUUUGAAUGAUGCUUUUCGAUUUUAUGGGUAGCUGAAAGCCAUCGAUUCACGGAAGUAUGCUUUUCCUUCUCUUCUCUAACGAUCUCUCCUUUUCUUGUAUUUAUGUCGGCUCAUGUGAAGUAGAUGAGUUACAAACGCAUUUUUUUUGAAUGUUCAAAGCAAGAAAUGCGUGGCUGUGAUUUUUCUUCUGUUGAGGUCCUACUCUUUGAAUCUGCGGCGUCGUUUGAGGAGGCGAGAUCGUGAUGUCUGCGCAGCCGGUGGUGAUGCGGGAUGUAGAUCCGUUGCUCAAGGAUCUGAGCGAGAAGAAGCAGAGUUUCCGGCGUAACGUGGUGUCGCUGGCGGCGGAGCUCAAGGAGGUGCGCAGCCGCCUCGCUUCUCAGGAGCAGUCCGUCGUCAGAGAAACCCUAACAAGACAGGAAGCAGAAACUAAAUUGAAGAACUUGGAAAAAGAAAUUUGUCGGUUGGAGAAGAGUUUAGAGGAGAGGAAUGCGGAGCUAGAGGCCUCAAAUACUGCUGCUGAGAUGUAUGUCAAAGAAAUGGAUGAUCUGAGAUUGCAGUUAUCGUUAACCAGGGCAACUGCUGAUGCAAGUGCACUAUCUGCACAAUCUGCACAGAUGCAGUGUUCGGCUCUGGUAAAAGAAUUAGAAGAGAAAAACUGCUCUUUAAAAGAGCAUGAGGCUCGUGUAGAUAAACUGAAAGAACAAUUAGAUCUUCUACAGAAGGAUCUUCUAGCCAGAGAAGUUUCUCAAAUGCAAUUAAAAGAUGAAGUAUCAAAAAUCGAGCAUGAGAUCAUGCAAGCAUUAACCAAGGCUGGAGCAGAUAAAGAUUGUGAGCUCUGGAAAAUUUUGGUUGAGACGUCUCCAAAAAAUUUUAAGAGUAUCAAUAAUCUUUUAACCGUCAAAGAUCAAGAAAUAGCUAAGUUGAGAGAUGAAAUCAGGUUUCUGUCUGCUCACUGGAAGCUGAAGACUGAGGAGCUCGAAUCUCAGUUAGAGAAGCAUCGUAGGGCAGAUCUGGAGUUGAAAAAGAAAGUCCUGAAGUUGGAGUUCUGUCUUCAAGAAGCACGAGCUCAAACACGCAAGCUCCAAAGGAUGGGAGAGCGAAGGGAUAAAACUCUGAAGGAACUCAGAGAUCAGUUGACAGCCAAGGAACAAGCUACGCCUCCGGGUGCAAGCAGCGAGAGCCAUAACUUCUGGGAGGGCUCGGGUUUCAAGAUCAUAGUUUCCAUGUCGAUGUUGGUCUUGGUUAUGUUCUCAAAGAGGUAAAUGCGUAGAUUAUGUAUUGCUUUUGUAUAUAAAGAUUAGAUGAGAUGAGAUUAGAUUUAGAUUAGAUUAGAUUAGAUGAGAUUAGAGUCAUAGAUGCGUGGUAGAUGAGUACCUUAGUGGGGCAAAACUAUUGUAGAAUUAUGUAAUGUGAUGUAACUGUAGGGGUCUUAUUCAAUUUUUCAUUGAGCUGUCGUGGCCCCUCUCAAUUAUAUGAAUAGAUGCCCUUGUUGUAUGACCACAAUUUAGAUGGGAAUUAUUGUAUGUAUAUUAACUUAAUAUACAUCUUUGUUGAA